AUGGUGGACUACUACAAUGCUCCUCCGGCGUUCCACCAACAACAGCAGCACAUGUCUGGCUACGACUAUACGCAACAAGAGGAGGAAUGGGAUCGUGAGGGAUUGCUGGAUCCAGCUUGGGAGAAGCAGCAAAAAAAGACAUUCACGGCAUGGUGUAAUUCGCACUUGAGGAAAGCCGGCACCAGCAUCGAUCUGAUCGAAGAGGAUUUCAGAAACGGUCUGAAAUUGAUGCUGUUGUUGGAGGUGAUUUCCGGCGAACCGCUGCCACGACCGGAUCGUGGAAAAAUGCGCUUUCAUAAGAUCGCCAAUGUGAACAAAGCUCUCGAGUAUAUUGAAAGCAAGGGCGUAAAGCUGGUGUCAAUUGGUGCUGAGGAGAUCGUUGAUGGCAAUGUGAAGAUGACACUUGGACUAAUCUGGACUAUUAUUCUUCGCUUUGCUAUCCAAGAUAUCAAUGUUGAAGAACUUUCCGCUCGUGAUGGUCUUCUUCUAUGGUGUCAACGUAAGACAGCACCGUACAACAAUGUGAACGUGCAGAACUUCCACACAUCGUGGAAGGAUGGCCUCGCAUUUUGUGCUCUCAUUCAUAGGCACAGACCUGAGCUGCUCGAUUAUCACCAACUUCACAAAGGCGAUCCACUUCAUAAUCUGAACUUGGCAUUUGAUAUUGCUGAGAAGCAUCUUGACAUUCCAAGAAUGCUGGAUGCAGAAGACACUGCCAACAAUCCCGACGAGAAGUCCAUCAUGACUUAUGUGUCGUGCUUUUAUCAUGCGUUCCGCAACGCGCCAGAGAUUCGUGCUGCUCCAGUACCGAGUCGAGCGAUUCCAAUACAACCGGAACGUGACUGGCGUAAGGAUGUGAUCUUUUCAGACAUGGUGAAUUCUCAUCCUGACGAGAAAGCCGUCAUGACGUACGUGUCAUGCUACUAUCACUAUUUCAGUGGAAUGCGCAAGGCAGAAACGGCUGCGAACAGAAUCUGCCGCGUUCUCAAAGUUAAUCAGGAGAACGAGAAGAUGAUGCAAGAAUAUGAACAUCUUGCCAGUGAUUUAUUGGCCUGGAUAAACCACUGGAUGCCAUGGUUAGCAAACAGAACUACCGAUGAUAAUUUGGCGAUGGCGCAAAAGAAACUCGAUGACUACCGUAAUUACAGAAGACACGAGAAGCCACCUCGUAUUGAAGACAAGGGCCGACUAGAGACGUUGUUUAAUACGCUUCAGACUCGUCUUCGACUCUCAAAUCGACCAGCAUUUCUUCCUAGAGAUGGACAUCUCGUUAAGGACAUUAGUAAUGCAUGGAAGAACCUUGAGGAUUCUGAGAAAGGCUUUGAGGAAUGGUUACUUAGCGAAAUCAUGCGCUUGGAACGUCUCGAACAUCUUGCUGAGAAAUUUCGUCGUAAGUGUACCUUGCACGAGGAAUGGGCUCAUGGUAAAGAGGAGGCAUUGCGUAGCCAAGACUGGAAGAGCUGUGGUCUGUACAAGAUCAAGGCACUUCGUAAGCGCCAUGAAGCGUUUGAAAGUGACCUUGGAGCGCAUCAGGAUCGUGUUGAACAGAUCGCCCUCAUCGCCAGAGAGCUCAAUAAUCUUCGCUAUCCGGAUAUUGUACCAAUCAAUUCACGUUGUCAGCAUAUUUGCUCACAAUGGGAUCGCCUCGGUCAAUUAGCUGCGCAACGAAGAGUGACACUUGAAGAAGCAGAGCGAGUAGCCGAACGUCUCGAUUCUCUCUAUCUCGACUUCGCAAAAAGAGCUGCUCCAUUCAACAACUGGCUCGACGGUGCACGCGAAGAUCUAGCUGAUCUUGUGAUUGUUCACGAAAUGAGAGAAAUCGAAGAACUGUGCACCGCUCAUGAUCAGUUCAAGUCGACAUUAGGAGACGCUGACAAGGAGUUUGCUAGCAUAUCGGGUAUUGAACAGGAAAUCGAACGUCUUGUUGAAAGUCACGGCCUAGAUCGCGAACUGCUUCGCAAUCCGUACACAGACCUCGUGGCCGCUGAUAUCCGCCGUAAAUGGGGUGAAGUUCAGCAAGCUGUUCCAAGGCGAGAUGGUCAGCUGCAAAGCGAAUUACGGCGGCAGCAGAAUAAUGAGCGUCUUCGUACGGUGUUUGCGGAGAAGGCGAAUCAAGUAGGACCGUGGCUCGAGCGCGAACUCGAGCAGGUCCUUGCAAUUGGACUCGGCGGACGUGGACGUCUUGAAGACGCUGUAUAUCAGUUGCGUGGGAUCUACCAGGAUGCGCUUACCCACAAACCUAACCUGGACGAAUUGGAGAGAAUUCACCAAGAGAUGCAAGAAAAUUUCGUGUUUGAGAACAGAAAGAGCAGAUAUUCAAUGGAAUCGCUUCGCGUCGGUUGGGAGAGUCUCAUCACAAGCAUCAAUAGAACGAUGAGUGAAUUGGAGAACCAGAUUCUCAUGCGUGAUAGUAAAGGAAUAACCGAGGAACAAAUCAACGAAUACCGUGCCUCAUUCAACCAUUUCGAUAAGGACAGACAGGGACUCGAUCCAGAGCAAUUGCGGUCGUGUCUUAUUUCUAUUGGCUACAACAUUCGACCUGGACGAGAAGGUGAUGUUGAUCUUCAUCGAAUUCUUUCCCAUGUGGAUCCAAAUCGAAUGGGUCGUGUGCCAUUCGACGCAUUCCUUGACUUCAUGACUCUGGAGACUGCCGAUUCUGAUACAGUGGAACAAAUGAUUGACUCAUUCCGUAUACUCGCCGCUGGCAAGCCAUUCAUCACCGCCGACGAGUUGCGGCGUGAGCUUCCAAGUGACCAAGCUGCCUACUGUAUGCAACGAAUGGCGCCUUACAACGAUCCUCAUGCUCCGCCUGGCUCAUUCGAUUACGUGACAUUCAGUCGAAGUCUCUAUAGUCAGUAA